CUCAUCUAUCCUCCAUUUUAUCACCUCUUAUUAAAUCCCAUCCUCGCUCUCAGCACUCUUUGGCAAUUGUCAUUUCUUAAUUGCAUUCCACUUAAACCCCUCCAAAAUCCUCCUCCUUCCAUUACAAUGGCCACCGUCGCUUCCUCCGCUGCCGUAGCCGUCCCCUCCUUUACCGGCCUUAAGGCCUCAGGAUCCAUCAAGCCUACCACCGCAAAAAUCAUCCCAACCACCACCGCCGUCCCAAGAUUGUCUGUCAAGGCUUCCUUGAAGAAUGUCGGAGCCGCCGUGGUAGCAACCGCAGCCGCCGGACUUCUAGCCGGAAACGCCAUGGCCGUUGAGGUGUUGCUCGGAGGGGGUGACGGAUCAUUGGCAUUCCUUCCAGGAGACUUCAGCGUAGCCUCGGGCGAGGAGAUCGUAUUCAAGAACAAUGCCGGAUUCCCCCACAACGUAGUGUUUGACGAGGACGAGAUUCCCUCCGGUGUCGACGCCGCGAAGAUUUCGAUGUCCGAGGAGGAUUUGCUGAAUGCACCAGGGGAAACUUACAAAGUUACCCUUACUGAGAAAGGAACUUACAAGUUCUACUGCUCACCCCACCAGGGUGCUGGUAUGGUGGGAAAAGUAACUGUCAACUAAUAUUUUAAUGAAAAAUUGAAUUUUUAUUUAUAUGACUUUGUUGUAGAGCUAUUUAUAUAAACGAUCUCAUCAAUUGGUACGUUUA